UUUUUUGGGAGGAGGGAGAUCUGCGCCUAAGAGAAAAUGAGAAAGCUCGUCGUGAAGGUGCUCUGCUUUGCUGCCUGCGUUCUCUCCAGCCGCUGCACUCCGGCGCCGGACACCGAAGCCCAGACGGUGUCUCCUCGGGACACUUGCGCGUCUUGCGGCCUCGGCCAGCCGGACGAGUCGAGGCGGAUGGACGGGGACUUCUUGGAGGCUGUGAAAAGGCACAUCCUGAGCAGACUGCAGAUGAGGGACCGACCCAACAUCACCCACCCCAUACCAAAGGCGGCGAUGGUGACCGCGCUGCGGAAGCUGCACGCCGGGAAAGUGCGCGAGGACGGCAGGGUGGAGAUCCCCAACCUGGACGGGCACGCCAGUUACACCAAUGAAGUGGAGGAGGAAACUUCGGAGAUCAUCAGCUUCGCGGAGACAGAUGAACUACUGUCAUCCAAGUCCAGCCUUUUCUUUGUGAUCUCCAAUGAGGGCAACCAGAACCUCUAUGUGUCCCAGGCCAACCUGUGGCUCUAUUUCAAGCUGCUGCCUAUCUCAUCAGAGAAGGGCUCUCGCAGAAAGGUCACAGUCAAGGUGUACUACCAGGAGCCAGGCCUGGGUAGCAAAUGGAACCUGGUGGAGAAGCGUGUGGACCUCAAACGCAGCGGCUGGCACACAUUCCCACUGACAGACGCUGUGCAGCUGGUCUUCUCCAAAGGCGAGAGGCGGCAGAACCUGGACAUUCGCUGCGAGGGGUGUGAGGCUGCGGGUGUUCUACCGGCAUUGGUCAACUCGGCAGAUGAGGCGCACCGGCCAUUCUUGGUGGUCCGAGCACGGGCGGUGGAGGACAGCAAGCACCGCAUACGCAAGCGCGGCCUGGAGUGCGAUGGCAGUAGCAGCCUGUGCUGCCGGCAGCAGUUUUACAUCGACUUUCGCCUCAUCGGCUGGAAUGACUGGAUCAUUGCCCCCUCGGGAUACUUUGGUAACUACUGUGAGGGCAACUGUCCAGCGUACAUGGCGGGGGUUCCUGGGUCAGCUUCCUCUUUCCACACAGCUGUGGUCAACCAGUACCGCAUGCGGGGCAUGAGCCCAGGCUCCAUGAACUCCUGCUGCAUCCCCACCAAGCUAAGCACCAUGUCCAUGCUGUACUUUGACGACGAGUACAACAUCGUCAAACGGGACGUGCCCAAUAUGAUCGUGGAAGAGUGUGGUUGUGCUUGAGCUGGGGACAUUUAGAGGAAUAGUGUGUGGAAAAAAUCUAAUUUACUCAUUUAUUUUUCAAAUUAUGACAAUUUCCUUGCCUCAAAUGUAGGUAUCAGUCAAAAACAGCUGUCCAACGUUUGCUUCUGAAGUUUUGCUGGAGCUACGAGGCUAAUGUGGCUUAUAAGUAAAGGAUGCUGUACCCAACAUUUAACAUUAUACAAACUGCACACAUUUGUUUCAAACUAUGCAGAGCUGUUGAGUAAUCUAAAAAAGAUUCGUUUACAUGAUUUCUGACAAUGAAACACAAAAUGUUGUCUAGGAAAAUGGGCAAAAUCAGGUACACGAAUGGGAACACUGUUUUCUGCAACUUUUGUUUUGAUUUUAUUGAUAACCAUAAAGCAAACAGUGUCUGAAACCUCAUAAAUAAGGCAAGCUUGUUAACAGGCAUAUCAUUUGAACAAUGCUAACUAGCAGGCUAUAAGCUUGGUAUAUUACUUGGUAGCUGCAUUAGCUUCUUAGCUUCAGUGCAAAAUUAAAGAACAGGCUAAUGAUGCUAAUAAGUAAUGGAUGCUAGUACUGAACAAUUUACAUUAUAUAAACUGCACACAUUUGUUUCAAACCAUGCAGAGCUGUUAAGUCAUCUCAAAAAGACUUGCGUAUGUGGUUUCUGACACUGAAAUACAAAGUAUUGUCUGUAAAAAUGGACAAAUUCAGACACAUGAAUGCUAUGAUUGUUUUCUGCUAAUUUUGUCAUAGUUGUAUGACAAUUUUACUGAAUAUCGUGUAUCAGACAGUUUUUGAAACAUCAUAAACUGUUUGACUCAGCAAACAGACAAGUUUGAACAAUGCUAACUAGCAGGCUAUAAGAUUCCAUUACUUGUUAGCUACAUUAGCCUCUUAGCUUCAGUGCCACACUAAAGAAGAAAAGUUCAGACACCAAACAUGCCUUGACUGAGGACUCCAUGGAGGAGAGGGGGAUUGUGUCAAUUAGAUUUUCCACUGAACUAUUGCUUUAAAACAGAGACUGGUGACUUUCAGGGAGAUCUGAAAGGAACACAGAAGAAUUUCAGUACAAAAGUGAUAUUUAUGAACAUCUGCAAACAUAUCCGUGUACACGUCUGCAUUUACGUGCACACUUACACCUACGCUUCCAUGCAUGCACAAACUUUUGUACAUAUAUUUAUAUUCGUUAAUAUCUUUCUGGUAGAAGCAUUUAUCAGUUCGCCUAUCAUGUGAUUCAGUCUUAUUUUACGAGCGCAGGUUUGUAUAAUAGGUCUCGAGGUUAAAGGGACGACGCCGUUUUGAUACAGGUUUUGCUUUGUUUCGUUCGCCAUUUCUUUUCUUCUCUCCUCUAAGCGGACUAUACUGGGGAACGGAAAAGAGAAGAGCCUUAGGAAACGACUGACCAGAGGUUUUCUUGGACCUUUUCAUCUGCGUCCAUCUGUAUAACUGCCCACAAUGGUAUGCAAAAGCACUGGCUAGGACUCCACUUACUCCAUUCAACAGCAGCACUUGCCAUAACCAGUCCGUCAUAUCACCAAGGUGAAGACCAAGGCUUUCCAACACAAUAUUCAUCUGGGUUUUCCUUUCUCAAAAGCGUCCAGGUGAUCAUGGAUUGCUUCCCAAACGGCACCCAAGUGGCCCUCAUUGUCUCAGAUAUGCUGCAUUUUUUAAACGUUCUUCACUACAGCGGAACAUGAGCAGACAUUCCACCUCUUCCAGGCACUGGGGCCAUUUAUAAAGCAUGAAAUGUGGCUUUAGUUUUUUAGUUUUUUUUGUUAUGCUUCAAGCCUAUCUUGGAGCAGGAUUUGCUUAUUCAUGUGACAAGCUGUAAACAGUGUGCGGGGAAUGAUUACCUCUGCAGAACACUAAAACAGUGCCCUUGGAAAAAGGAAAACACUUCCAAAAGUACUUAAAACAACUGAAGCGUAUUAUAUCUUCACUUCUCUCAAGUUGCCAUAUUGUUCAGUUGGCUACGGGUGCAGCAUCGCACUUGGAAAAGAAAAAAAGAAAAAACAAACAAAAAAAAAACAAAAAAAAAAAGAGGAAAAACACCCUAAAUGCACAUUUUAUAGCACUUGCUGAUUGAAAUGCCUUUAAAGGGUAUCCAGUGGCGCACCUGUGCUUGCUCACAAUCCUUUUCAAAUAAGUGCCGCAUGAACUAUGCAAUGUAUAGUACCAACCCACACCGGACAGACUGAACCUUAGCUACUAGUCGUAAACUCUUUUUCAAUACUUGAAACGUCUUUCGCUUCCUUCUCCAAGCGAAUGGUUGUUACAAUGUUUGCACUGAAAAAAAAAAAAGUCGCAUUAUUAGUUAAAGAAAGAAAAAAAAACUGCCAUUGAAAUAAAAAAAAAGUUAUUUUUAUAAAA